AUAAAAGCACACUUGCUUACAUCUGCCAAUCAUCAACCGAGGAACGCAAACAUGAUCCUAGUGAGACAAAAGGUUCAAUGUUCACUGUGUUUUGCGAGUCCUUGUAAUGCAAGCUCUACAAUAAUAGUGACCUGCCAGCACGAGAAGCAUUUAUUUCAUUUUUGGAGAAAUAGCAGAUAAAGGUACAAAGUGAUCACGCCCUUGCUCGAAAGAACAAGCUGCACAAGAGCUCUUUUGUAGCACUGGCACGGCAUGCCAUCCCUUUGAACCUUUAAUCUGGUUAAAACGACCCAAAAAAUGGCGCUGACCGUGGACGAGGUACUGGAAAAGAUUGGGAGCAUGGGGCUGUACCAGAUCAGGCUGAUCUUUAUCCUAAGCUACAUAGAAUUUUUCAAUAUAACCUUCCAGGUCAUGGUACCUACUUUCAUCUCUGCGGAACCCAAGUGGAUGUGUGUCCCUCAUGUCAAUAACAGUGCUUGUAACUUCACCGGAGAAUUCACUGCAGUGGACAAAAGACGCUGCGAUAUGCCGAGGGAGGCCUGGACAUUUACCGAUGAUUUUACUUCCGUUGUCACGCAGUUUGACCUGGUUUGUGACAAAGCCGUGCUCUCCUCCCUUUCCACAUCACUGGUGUUUGCCGGCUGGCUGGUUGGUGCAAUCAUUGGUGGUGUUUUGUCAGAUAUCAUUGGCCGUAAACCCAUUAUGCUCGUAUUCUGUUUCGCGUGUAGUUUGUUUGGCCUUUUCGCGUCCUUUCCUCAUCAUUUCUGGCUUUUUAUUCUAUUCAGGCUCUUGACUGGACUGUGCAUUGGGGGAGGGGGCAUGGGAAUUUACGUGCUGGCAACUGAGUUUGUGGGAAGGAGGCAUCGUCACGUGGCUGGUACGUCACUGUGGUACUCGUGGACCUUAGCUCUCGUAAUGUUAGCAGGUCUGGCGUAUGGAGUGCGUGACUGGAGAAUUCUGUCAAUCAUCUGUGCCGCGCCUGGUUUACCUUCUAUUUUAGGUUGGCGGUUUAUUCCAGAGUCAUCAAGGUACUUGCUGCUAAAAGGAAGGGUUACAGAGACAGAGGAUGUGCUGCGAGAUAUCGCUGCCACUAACAAGAAGGAAUAUCCGGACGAACUUCUCUACAACCCGAGUGCUGAUGGGAAGGUACAAAAAAUGGGAGACGUCAGAGAUUUGUUUCGAACCAAGAAAAUGUUGCACAGGACUGUUGUCUCUUGGUAUGCCUGGUUUGUAAACGGCAUGGUUUACUAUGGUGUUUCAUUCAGCACUCCGACACUUGGUGGAAACAUGUACCUGAAUUUCUUCCUGGCCUCCAUUAUCGAGAUUCCCGCCAAUUAUGUUGGUAUCUGGGCCUUGGGCAAGUUCGGCCGAAAAAGGCCGCUGGUUUAUUGCAUGAUUAUUGCUGCCAUUGCCUCUGCCGGCGCAGUGUUGUUUACAAUGUAUGACCCCGGUGAGGACAAAGGUUUCAUGGUUGGCCGUAUUAUCAUGGCAUUGUUAGCCAAGUUCUUUAUAUUCAUUUCAUUCGAUGCCGUGUAUGUGUACGCUGCCGAGCUCUUUCCCACAGUCAUCAGGUAUGGUUUGAUCCGUGCUUCAUAUCCCGGGAGGGGGAGGGACUCCCACAUGAACAGUAUAAAUCAAGGAUUCUGGUCUCACAUAGGGGUUCAAGACGAAACGCCAGUAUUUUUAGCUGCCAAAGUAUCUUUUAGAGCGCACUCGAAGAAAUUUAUGUCAAUAUCCAAAAGACAUUUUUACAACGAUAAAAAGCUAAAAAUAUUUCUUUUCUUCCGCAGGUUUGUAAACGGCAUGGUUUACUAUGGUGUUUCAUUCAGCACUCCGACACUUGGUGGAAACAUGUACCUGAAUUUCUUCCUGGCCUCCAUUAUCGAGAUUCCCGCCAAUUAUGUUGGUAUCUGGGCCUUGGGCAAGUUCGGCCGAAAAAGGCCGCUGGUUUAUUGCAUGAUUAUUGCUGCCAUUGCCUCUGCCGGCGCAGUGUUGUUUACAAUGUAUGACCCCGGUGAGGACAAAGGUUUCAUGGUUGGCCGUAUUAUCAUGGCAUUGUUAGCCAAGUUCUUUAUAUUCAUUUCAUUCGAUGCCGUGUAUGUGUACGCUGCUGAGCUCUUUCCCACAGUCAUCAGGAACAUCGGCAUGGGAUCAUCAACAGCAGCUGCGAGGAUUGGGUCAUUUUCGUCUCCUUAUAUCAUCCAUCUGCGACUCGUGCAUCCACUCCUCCCGUAUGGCAUCAUGGGAAUUAACGCGCUGUUAGCGGGUUUGUUGUCUCAGACGCUGCCAGAGACGAAAGGAAUGCCAACCGCUGAGACAAUGGACACCGACAGCGCAGAAGAGGCCUAUAUGACAUUACAACUGACAGACCCCAAAGAAAAGGACCCAGAGGAGAUGAAAGACCUCUCCAUGGCUGAUGCCGUCAACGACACCACCGGCAGCAGGGCUCAUCUUGUGGAUGAUAAGAAUCCGUCUUCUAUAUGAACUGGCCUGGAGACUUUCUAAAGCAAACUGGUGAUUUCAUGAGUGAUGUAAUAAAACCUAGAUGUAAGAAACUGCCGAUUAUGAACCCCCCAGCCGCUAAAAAUUGGCUACAUGAGCACCAUAUAUACUAAGGAAAACAAAGGAAUCUAUAUUCUAAAGAGCCAUAUUUGUCAGCUUUGGAGCCAUAGGAAACAUAUAGUAUAGUAAUAUAGUAAAACCUAAAUCUAUGUAACAGAAACAGUAUUAUUUAAAGCUUAUUAAAACACAUUUUAGUAGACACACCA